AUGCGACUUGGUGCAAACAACAAUGUUGAUUCAGUGGUUCUGGCCGAUAGCGAAAAGGCUGUUAUCAUUGAUACUUCCACCUCUUUUAGGGUAGAGCGACUGGAUACACCAAUUGAACGGAUCGAAAUACGGCUUAUGGACGAGAACGCCACACAACCGGUUGUUAUUGAUAUUCAGAAAUCAGUGCAAAGUACACCAACUUCAAGUGAUGAGGAAGGUGAUAAUUCAGUGGUCGAAUCAGGUAGCUUGAACGAGAAUAAUGGAAACAAGAAGCGGAAAACAGAAGAACCAAAGUUGGCAUCACUAGGAGGAUUUGAACUUAAAGUGGAGCGAAAAGUGGAACAGCAUAUCGUCCCGAGGUCCGAUCGUCGUUGGGACAAUCAUGAUCGAAUUAGCCAUUUCGCAACCAGAAUAUGUAGAUGA